UCACAGUAACCCACUGGCAUGAGAGAGAAGAGAAAGAGAGGGAGAGGUGGGGUAACCGUAAUCAAUGAGUGUAAUGUUUCUGGAUUCACAACUGAGUAAAUGUGCAUUUAUUGUGGUGGUUCUCUCUUUGAUUGGCUUGCAGAAAAGAGAGAGAGAAAAUGAAGUUCAUAUCCCCUAUCAGGUGUUUGAAGAAAAGAGUAGGGGUAUUCUUAGACUGAUAUAUACUCAGCUCGAGACCUUUGAGACAUUUCUUCAAACAGUUUUGUUGUCAUUUUGAUGUGUCCAAGUAGUUCUCUUCCACAUUCAAUUCUUCGGGAUCUGCCUAUUGUGUACUUGUGCUUUUUCUUGAUUUCGCCUUGUUGGGUUUUGCAUAAAUUUAUGCUAAAGAUUGAAUCUUUGGAAAUAGUCUAUUCUUGUUCGGUUUUAUUUUCUUGAUUUGCAAUUAUUCUUGACACUUUGAAGUGAAAUCCUAAAUUUAUUGGAUUUCACACUUCAAUUCCAAAAACCUGUGGGUAUAAUUUACCCUUUUAUUCCUUAUCUGUUGUCAUCAUCUAAUCUUCAAGAAAGGUCAACUAUGGGGCUUUCUUGACCUGGUCCAAUUUUAAUAAAUUUAUAUUAUUUAGAGUUCUUUUCAGCUCAAUUUCAAACAGUGUUUGACUGUUAGCUUAAGGCAAAUGACUGGCCCUUUCCCUCCUUAUGAUAUCGAGUUUUGAUUUUUGAAAGCAAAGGUUUAUUCUGGUGGAAGCCUUUGUAUUUUAUAGCUUUUAAUUCCUUUUGCUUUUGGAGAUUGGGGUUUGAAUCGAGUCCCCUUUUCUGCGGUUUCGUGUUAGAUGGGCUAAACGUAAAAACCAACCGCUUUGAUUGAUUAUUCUUUCUGAACAUCUCUCACACUCUUAUCAGAUUGAUUUUGCUGUAGAAGGGAAAAAAAGGUUUUUUGAUGCAUAUCUCACUUUGGAAGCCAUUAUCUCACUGUGCUUCUCUAGUCUUGGACAAAAAGAGCAGAAGAAAAGAUGAUUCUGAUCAUUCAACAGAAGAAAUCAAGAGAAACCCUUUAAUUCUGCAGAAAUUGCGAGAGCAUAAGCUCAAGGAGGCUCUCGAGGAAGCAUCUGAAUAUGGGUCUCUUGUUAAAUCCCAAAAGAUGGCUUCUGAUUCCAUGGUCGAUCAAGAUGAGGGUUUGGGCCGAUCACGAUCACUUGCUCGACUAAAUGCACAGGCAGAGUUUCUUAGAGCCACUGCUCUUGCGGCUGAGCUUACAUUCGGUUCUGGGGACUCCAUUCCCGAGCUUGGUGAGGCAUUCUUGAAGUUCCUCAAGAUGUACCCUAAGUAUCAGUCUUCUGAGAGGAUUGAUCAACUGAGGGCAGAUGAGUAUUCGCAUCUCUCUGGUCCCAAUUCAAAGGUAUGUCUCGACUACUGUGGAUUUGGAUUGUUUUCAUUGCUACAAACUGUUCACUAUUGGGAAUCGUCCACAUUUAGCUUGUCUGAGAUUACUGCAAAUUUGGGAAAUCACGCUCUAUAUGGGGGUGCUGAGAAAGGCACCAUUGAACAUGAUAUAAAGAUGAGAAUAAUGGACUAUUUGAAUAUCCCUGAGAAUGAGUAUGGCCUUGUAUUUACUGUGAGUCGUGGCUCAGCCUUUAAACUGUUAGCUGAAUCGUAUCCAUUUCAAGCAAACAAAAGGUUGUUGACCAUGUUUGAUCACGAAAGCCAGUCUGUGAAUUGGAUGGCUCAAAGUGCUAGAGAGAAAGGUGCCAAAGUUAAUAGCGCUUGGUUUAAAUGGCCUUCUCUCAAGCUCUGUUCGACUGAUUUGAGGAAGCAAAUUUUGAACAAACGGAGGAGAAAGAAAGAUUCCGCUGUUGGACUUUUCGUGUUCCCUGUGCAGUCAAGAGUUACCGGUGCAAAGUACUCGUAUCAAUGGAUGGCCCUGGCUCAACAGAAGAACUGGCAUGUUUUACUUGAUGCUGGGUCGUUGGGCCCAAAGGACAUGGAUUCUCUUGGAUUAUCUUUAUUUCGACCAGAUUUCAUCAUCACGUCAUUCUACAGAGUCUUUGGCUAUGACCCGACAGGAUUUGGAUGUCUUUUAAUCAAGAAAUCUGUGAUGUCAAGCCUUCAAAAUCAGUCUGGACAUGCAGGGUCAGGUAUAGUGAAAAUCACUCCUGUGUUUCCUCUGUACUUGAGUGAUUCAAUGGAUAAUUUUCCAGGGUUUGUAGAGGACGAAGAAGUCAAUGGGAAUGAAGUUAAGUCAGAAACUCGUCCAGGAUCUCAGUUGCCUGCCUUUUCUGGCGCAUUCACAUCUUCACAGGUGAAAGAUGUAUUUGAAAGUGAGAUGGAGCAUGAUAACAGUUCUGAUAGGGAUGGGACGAGCACUAUUUUUGAGGAAACUGAGAGUAUUUCUGUUGGGGAGGUUAUGAAAAGCCCGGUCUUUAGUGAAGAUGAAUCGUCGGAUAACUCAUUGUGGAUUGAUUUAGGUCAGAGUCCACUGGGUUCUGAUAAAGCUGGUCAUUCAAACAAACUCAAUGUGUCCUCUCCAUCGCCACCAGUUUGGUUUUCUGCCAGAAAAAAUCGCAGGCAAAUUUCUCCAAAAUCAUUAAAGCUAUCAAGUAGCCCGAUGUUUGACAAGGAACUAUAUUCAGGAUACCAUGACCACCAUGUAUUAUCAUUUGAUGCAGCUGUUCGAUCAGUUUCUCAAGAGUUGGACCAUUUUGAGGAGAUUCCUGAAGAAGAACAUUUUACUGAAAGAAACCAGGCUUCAAGAGAAUAUAGAACUCCAGAGUAUCGACAUUUUCAAGAAAUUGAAGAGGAACCAGAUACCAAUAACAAAUCACUAAAUUCUGCUGUAAAAGGAUACGGUCCCAACAACUUGGCUUCUGCUUCUAAACAUAGAAGCAUUAUGAACGGUUCAGCUUCUGAGAUAACUCCCUGUUCAAAGGAAAACGCAAUAAGACGAGAAACAGAAGGUGAGUUUAGGUUGUUGGAAAGGAGAGAGAGAAGUAGAAUGGCUGGUGGUAGAUUUUUUGGCAUAGAAGAGACAGAGCCGCUUGGAAGCAGGGAAAGAAGGGUAUCCUUUAGCACAGAAGACAAUCACAGAGCUCAUCUAAACCAAACUCCAGAGCUGGGAGAAUUAUCAGUCACAAACCUCGACGAUGAGGACUACAUUAGUAAUGGGGAAUACGGUGAUGAACAAGAGUUGGACAGGAAUGAACCCGAGUUAAUCUGUAAGCAUCUUGAUCACAUAAACAUGUUAGGUCUCAACAAGACAACCUCUCGACUCCGAUUCCUGAUUAAUUGGCUCGUAACUUCAUUGAUUCAAUUAAGAUUCCCGGCUUCAAACGGAAAGGACAGUGUAACACUUGUUCAGAUCUAUGGCCCGAAAAUUAAAUACGAAAGAGGUGCAGCUGUUGCAUUCAAUGUGAGGGACCGAAACCGGGGUCUGAUUAGUCCGGAAGUUGUUCUGAAAAUGGCUGAGUCACACGGUAUCUCUCUUGGCGUUGGCAUCCUCAGUCACAUACGGAUUCUGGAUAGCUCCAAACAGCAACGAGGCUCUUUGAGUCUUGACGAUUUGACCCUUUGCAAGCCAAUGGAAAAUGGCAGACAUGAUGGUAAAAGUGGGUUCGUCAGAGUUGAGGUUGUCACUGCUUCUCUUAGCUUUUUGUCCAACUUCGAUGACGUUUAUAAGUUAUGGGCAUUCGUGGCUAAAUUUCUUGACCCAGCCUUUGUCAAAGGGGGAGUCCUCACGACUGUUGCAGAAGAGGUAGAAGCAUGAAGCCUGAAACUUGUGCUAAUGUUUUACAUUUCCUUUCCCCUUGCUACAAAGGGAAUAUGCAGAGAUGCAUUGCCAGUGGAUGGUUCAAUAUCGGGGGCAGACAAACGAUCCAAGUGUCAGAGAAGCAAAAGAUGAAAACGUUUCCUUUUGCCCUUCUGCCGCUUCUCCUCCUCCAAGUAGGUGGCUUGUUCAUUCAUGUUUUUAUUCGCCUUGGAUUGUUUUUUCCUUUUACCUUGUGGGGUGUAGAGUUGUUUUAGAAACGUGUAUCAUUUCAAAUAGUAAUGAAGAAGUCGAGCUCAUAUAAGUGCGGGGAACGUUACCAUCUCCAGAGCUGGUUACUGACCAAAGCAUUCUGCUGUAUAUAAAUCUUCAUAUUUUGCUUGCU